GCCAGUCAGUCAGUCAGCAGUGGGCUCGGCCGCCGCAUGGCUACUGUGUAAACUUUCUUCAACAACCAGAGGUGACUGUCGGAUAACAAACGGAGAGGUUUGAGGGACAUACCGAGGAGGAGGAGGUCUUCUAUGAACCCGCAGCGUUGCUUCGCCCCCGUGCAUGUUUAAACCAGAGGAGAGCUCUGGUGCCGAGUGUCGGCCAGACGACUAGUACAAACGAGUGGCAACACCAGUCCGGAGGCAUGAUUUUGAGACGGGGCUCAGUCUUUGCUGCCAUUUGCCUCUGGUUUGUCGCGAAGGUGUCAGAGGGAUCCGGACAGUUCGAGCUGCAGAUCUUGUCGAUGGACAACGUGAACGGAGAGCUGCUGAGCGGCAUGUGUUGUGAUGGCACGCGGAACAGCGCGGAUAGAAAGUGCACGCGGGACGAGUGCGAUACUUUUUUUAAAGUUUGCCUGAAGGAAUACCAGUCCCGAGUUUAUGCUGGGGGGGCCUGCAGCUUCGGAAUGGGAACUACGCCUGUCCUGGGAGGGAAUACCUUUUCUUUGAAGAGCUCUGUCAGGAACGACAAAUCCCGGAUAGUUUUGCCCUUCAGUUUUGCCUGGCCGCGGUCUUACACUUUGAUAGUGGAAGCCAUGGACUCCAACAAUGAAACCAGUGGUUCUGAUGGGAGGGUGAUAGAGAAAGCCUCUCACUCUGGCAUGAUCAAUCCCAGCCCGCACUGGCAGAAGCUGACUCACAACGGCCCCGUGGCCCAGUUCGAGUACCAGAUCCGGGUCAGCUGCGAUGAGCACUACUACGGCUUCGGCUGCAACAAGUUCUGUCGGCCCCGGGACGAGUUCUUCGGACAUUACACCUGUGACUUCAAUGGAAACAAAACCUGUCUGGAGGGCUGGUCUGGACCUGACUGUAACACAGCAAUAUGUCGACAAGGCUGCAGUACGGAACACGGAUCCUGUAAGGAGCCAGGUGGAUGCAAGUGCCUGUAUGGCUGGCAGGGCCAGUACUGCGACAAGUGCAUCCCCCACCCCGGCUGUGUGCAUGGCACCUGUGUGGAACCGUGGCAGUGCCUGUGUGACACCAACUGGGGCGGCCACCUUUGUGAUAAAGACCUGAACUACUGCGGCACUCAUCAGCCAUGUUUGAACGGAGGGACGUGUAUUAACACAGGACCCGACAAGUACCAGUGCACCUGUGCCGAGGGCUACUCCGGAUCCAACUGUGAGAGAGCGGAGCAUGCCUGUCUGUCCAAUCCCUGCUCUAAUGGAGGGAGCUGUUCAGAAACCAGUCAGGGCUACGAGUGUCAGUGUGCACUGGGCUGGAGCGGCCCCUCCUGCUCUAUCAAUGUGGACGACUGCUCCCCAAACCCUUGUAAUCAUGGCGGUACCUGCCAGGAUCAGGUUAACGGCUACAAGUGUCACUGUCCUUCGCAGUGGACGGGGAAGACAUGUCUCAUAGAUGCCAACGAAUGUGACAGCAAGCCCUGCGUCAAUGCCAACUCAUGUCGCAACCUGAUUGGUGGAUACUUCUGCGAGUGCCUCCCCGGUUGGACGGGCCAGAACUGCGACAUCAAUAUAAACGACUGCAAGGAUCAGUGCCAGAAUGGAGGAACUUGCAAGGACUUGGUGAACGGCUACCGCUGCGUGUGCCCCCCCGGCUUCGCCGGCGAGCACUGCGAGAGGGACAUCGACGAGUGCGCCAGCUCGCCGUGUCUGAACGGCGGCCGCUGUCAGGACGAAGUCAACGGCUUCCAGUGCCUCUGCGUGACGGGCUUCUCGGGGAACCUCUGCCAGCUGGAUAUUGAUUACUGCUCCCCCAACCCGUGUCAGAACGGAGCGCACUGCUUCAACCGGGCCGCCGACUACUACUGUGCGUGCCCCGAGGACUACGAGGGCAAAAACUGCUCCCACCUGAAAGACCACUGUCGCACCACCACCUGUAAAGUGAUUGACAGCUGCACGGUCGCCGUGGCGUCGAACAGCACACCCGGAGGAGAGCGCUACAUUUCGUCGAAUGUGUGCGGGCCUCACGGCCGCUGCCGGAGCCAGGCUGGUGGCCAGUUCAGCUGCGAGUGUCAGGAGGGCUUCAGAGGCACCUACUGCCAUGAGAACAUCAACGACUGUGAGAGCAACCCAUGCCGCAAUGGAGGAACGUGCAUCGACAAAGUCAGCGUGUACCAGUGCAUCUGCGGCGACGGCUGGGAGGGCGACCACUGCGAGAUCAACAUAGAUGACUGCAGCACCAACCCCUGUCAUAAUGGAGGGACAUGUCGAGACCUGGUGACUGAUUUCUUCUGCGAGUGCAAAAAUGGCUGGAAGGGAAAGACUUGCCACUCCCGCGAAAGCCAGUGCGACGAGGCCACAUGCAACAACGGUGGCACCUGCCACGACGAGGGCGACACAUUCCAGUGCAAGUGUUCCCCAGGAUGGGAGGGUACGACUUGUAACAUCGCCAAGAACUCAAGUUGCCUUCCAAACCCGUGUGAAAAUGGCGGUACCUGCGUGGUGACAGGGGAGUCGUUCACCUGCGUCUGCAAGGAGGGCUGGGAGGGUCCCACCUGCACCCAGAAUACCAACGACUGCAGUCCCCACCCUUGCUACAACAGCGGGACCUGCGUGGAUGGGGAUAACUGGUACCGCUGCGAGUGCGCCCCGGGCUUCGCGGGUCCAGACUGCAGGAUCAAUAUUAACGAGUGCCAGUCAUCUCCGUGCGCCCUGGGCUCCACCUGCAUCGACGAGAUCAAUGGAUACCGUUGCCUGUGCCCACCAGACAGGACCGGACCUCACUGUCAAGAAGUGACGAGAAAAUCCUGCUCCGUCAACGGACACGCCACGCCGGACGGAGUCAAGUGGGGGGACGACUGCAACACUUGCCAGUGUUCCAAUGGGAAAGUCAUUUGCACAAAGAUGUGGUGUGGUCCUAUGUCUUGCAAACUGGGUGCCAAAGGCCGAGGCGGGUGUCCUUCGGGCCAGAGCUGCCUCCCGCUCCGAGAGGGCCACUGCUUCGUGAAGCCCUGCCCCGAGCUGGGGGAGUGCUGGCGCUCCAACCCUCCCCAGCCUCCCAACAAAUGCCACCCCAGCUCCACCUACCAGGACAACAGCUGUGCCAACAUCACCUUCACCUUCACCAAGGAGAACAUGCCCCGGGGCUUGACUGUGGAGGGAGUGUGUAAGCAGCUGAGGCACUUGUACGUAGUGAAGAAUUUCUCCUUGGAGCAUUCUGUGUUCAUAACCUGUGACCCCUCAUUCUCAGCCAGCAACGAGAUCCACGUCUGCAUCUCUACCGAGGACCAUCGCCUGGACCGAAGCCCCAUCAAAGAGAUCACAGACAGGAUAAUCGACUUGGUUAGCAAACGCAACGGCAACAACACAAUCAUCUCAGCCAUCGCCGAAGUGAGAGUGCCAAGCCCCAGCAAAACUGACUACCUAGUGCCCCUUCUCAGCUCCAUCUUCAUCGUCAUCUGGGUCUUGGUCCUGGUCUCCAUCCUGCUGUGGUGCAUGCGCCGCCGGCGGAAACAGAGCAACCACAACGGGUCGUCGGCAGCCGGCUCCGACGACAACACCACCAACAACGUCCGGGAGCAGCUCAACCAGAUCAAGAACCCCAUAGAGAAGCACGUCGGCCUCACGGUGGCCAUCAAAGACUACGAGAACAAGAACUCCAUCAUUGCCAAAAUAAGGACAAAUCAUCCCGAGGAGGAUGAGGACGACAAGGAGAGGCACUUACAGAAGAGCCGCUUUGCCAAGCAGCCGGCGUACACACUGGUGGAGAGGGACGAGAAGGCGCCCGUCUCCAACCCCAACUCGACGUCCAAGCAUGCAAAUUGGACUAAUAAACAGGACAACAGAGACUUGGAGACAGCAAACAGCAUAAACAGGAUGGACUACAUUGUAUAGCAGACAGCUGUGUUGCUGCGCAACCAAGCCUUAACGCCACGACACCCAGGUGGUGGGUGAAACCGGGGGAGCUUCGGCAUGUGUAGUUUAGUCGACGGUCAUGUCAGUCGUGACCCCACCCCCCCACCCCUCCCCCCCCCCCCCCACAGUAUUUUCAGAUAUUCCCCGUGUUAAUUUAAGUUUUGACAAGCUGGCUUACACUGGCAGUGACGGUUGCUUUGGUUGGCUGGAAACACAAGGCGCUGGUAUAGAUUUCACUGUAGAACUAGUUGUUACCGUGUCCUCCUAUGCAUUUCAUUUCAUUUUGUUUUUUUUUUUCUUCCAGAAAACAAAAAAAAAAAAAAAAGAAUUCUUUUCGUGGACAUGUGGAAGGGGCUCCUGGUGUAAUUGUUGUACAAUGACUAAAAACUUCCUGACGUGUUCGACACUAGAGCUAAUUAUUUUUAGUUUGUGUUUGAAUUCUUCCUAGUUCUAUUUGGAGAAAAGUGCCUUUUCAGCUUCAGACUUCAGCAACUGUCAAAUGAGAGGAGAAAAAAAAAAAAAAGAUCAACUUUAUUAUUUAUUUUUAUUUUGGGGGUCUGGGGGGGAAGGGAGGGUUCAAUGUCAGCAGUUGCUGCCUAUAUGAAGAAUUUAUGUGACAAUUUAGAACAUGUAGAUAUGUACAUUUUUUUUUUAUUAAUCAUUGUGUAUAUUUGAUUUAUUAACUUAAUAAUCGAGAGCCUUAAGAUAUCAUUCCUUUUUAUUUAUAUGUUCAGUCUAGUUUGAAGGUUUGAUAGCUGUGGAAGCUUUCCAUUUCUUUCAAUGACAAAAAAAUUUGUUUUCAUAGUGUUUUAUUAAAGCCAAAUUUCAAAGAAUUUCAGAGAAGACAAAAAGAUGGGCUCGUUGGGGCCCGUGAGAAUCCUUUUGCUUUAUUUUCAUUCGUUUGACAUUUCAUUAUUUGUUGCCAGGACCUUAAUUAAAGGCAAGCGAGGUGAGGACGGUAAAAGAUCUCGGCUGCUGCAAGGGUUGGACAUGGCGGCAGACAUAUUGCUUGCCGCUAACGGAUAUUUUACUUUAAGGGAACAAAAAAAAAAAAAAAAAAUUCUUCAGCAGCUUCAGUUUGUCCCAUUGAUACAUUUCAGAGUCCCGCCAA